AUGAUUACCGCAGCAACAAUAACAACAACAACAACGACAACAACUGCGACAACUGCCGCUUCUACCAUUACUAAGCGGAAGAUAAUUCAGCUGAACUACAGUGAAGGCAACAAUAACGUUACAUUAUCGAUUUCCCCAUCUUCAACGGAUGAUGAAAGCAUCUAUAAAAUUGCUAAUAAUAAUCAAUUUCACCCAGCAUCAGCAGAAACUCCACAAUUAUCAAACAACAACAGCACUAUACAACUUUAUCAUUUUACUGAUAAAAUAAGUCCAUCACAUAUCGAACCGAUAGAUAUCAAUUCGUCACAUACUAUUGAAGAAUUGGAUGAAAAACGAGAGAAUGAAAGAGUAUAUGAAUAUUUGUUGCGAUUAACUGAAGUUUUAAUUCCGGAUACUGUAGACAUUUACGAAGGUCGUAAUAUAAAAACAAUAUUUUGCUUAUUUGCACUUGCCAAAUAUUUACGUCGCACACGUUGUGGACCAUCUAUUCGACGUGGAGAGAACAUUCACUUCUCACAUACUGAAGCUCUAAAACGGUUGGAAUAUUUACUGGAAGGUGAGGAGAUUCCGGGAGUAGCAGAAAUAAGCGUAAUUUUGGAUGACUUACAGCAGGAUGACAUUUUACGUAACGCCGCUUCAUUGUAUGCCGAAGAAUUGCACAAAAUUCGACGUGCGCAAAGUGUACCACUCAGCGUCGAACAAAUUGAAAAUCUUUUAAAAAUCGUAAAUACUUGCAUGCGUGUACGUUUCUUUAUAAUGGAAAAUGACGAAUGUAAUAUGUGUGAAAAAUUGAAAUGCAUACUGUUUGGAAUGAAGACGAUUGUAAAAAAUGAUUUGAAAGAAGCAUAUAUGAAAGCGAUACGUGAAAAAUAUGAUAAAGUUGGAAAAGAUCACGUAUCGCUGCGUGAAGAAUUACGUGAUAUUGUGGAAGAAGUUAACGACAAAGUAACGAAGCAACAACAAGUGGAAAAAAUAAAUAUGGCAUGUAAAGAAAAUGAUUGCAGUAAUUUAUUAAUAAUACUUCAUGAUUUGGAUGAUGUACAAGUAGAAUACAUUUCAUAUUGUAUGUAUGCAUUGAAGAAAUAUCCAACUUUAACAAUGAAAGAGGUGAAUGAGGUCAUUCGAAGGGUCAGUCUAAAUGUAAUCAAUGCAGUGAAUAAGUCACGAGAGACUCUUCGUUUAAAUAUGUUCCUUAUGAAUGGUAAAAAUGAUGAAGCGGCAAAAUUAUUACUUAUAUCGUGGAGAAAAAUUGUACGAAAUCUUUUAAUACCGCAAUAUCUGGUCCGGAAGAAAUUGUCGAGCCAACGGAAUACUGAUGGUGAAUAUUUACGGGAACGAUUUCAAGAUGGUGUAUUAUAUAUAAAUGUUGAUAACGAGAAAGUGAUUUAUGAUAAGCCAAAAAGAAUUGUUGAAUGGAUGCUAACAAGAGAAGAAAUUGAG